AUGGGAUGCUUGAGAUACAGUAAAGAUUUAUUGCAAAAAUAUUUAAUAAAAUUGAAGGUAAUAAAAAAUAAUAAAUUAAUUGAUUUUUUUUUAAUUACAUAAAAAAUGACUUCUCAUUUACCUAUUUCAUUAGUCUAGUUAGAUAAAAAUCUUAAGGAAAGUUUAGAUUCCUAUUAAGUAUCUAAAGAAAAAGGCUUAGCGGAUGAUAAUAUUGGACAUUUAAAUUAAAUAACAAUUCAAACUGAAAUAAAUUCAAACGAAGAUUCCAAUUUGAAUUGCAAAUAGCAUCAACAUGACUAAAAAUAAAAAAAAAAUAUAUUAAUUAGUAGCAAAUAUGAAUAAAAUAUUUAAAAAUCAUAUAGGUCUUCUCAAGAUCUAGAUCGUCCUGAUUAAAAAUAAUAAAUAGGAAAUAUAAAUAAAAUUAGAUCUCCUUAUCUUACAAAAAUAUGCUCUUCGCCAAAUUUAGUUUGUCAGAGUGGAAAUUCUUAAUUUGAAAAAACAGAUUUCGUUUGUUUAGAAAUGAAAAAUGUGAAAGAUAAUAGGUUUUGUUAAGACAAUAGAGAAAAUAAAGCAGAGGAAUAAGUAUAUUGCAGAAUAUGUUUAGAUUCUCAAAGUGAUUCAGAAACAGGUUAGCUUUAAAAUGUUUGCAGCUGCAAUGGAUCACUUAAAUAUAUCCAUCAUCAAUGUUUAUGGUAUUAUAUAGAGAAAAAAAUAAAUAACUAAAUUGAGUAAAGUUUUCCUUUACAAGUUCAAUGUGAGCUGUGCAAAGAAUCCUACAGAAUAUAAUUUGAAAUGAUCACUCAAGCAAAUCCUGCAUAAGUUGUCAAACAAAACUUUAUUAGACAAUCUUAGCCCUACUCAUUGUUCUUUAUCUUAAUCUUUGUUCUAUUUAUUAUCUCAGUAAUACUAUUCCAGAGAGCUGUUUAGGAAAGUAAAGUAGAUGUGUCUGUGCUUAUUACUUAUUUUUUCUUUUCAUUUGCAAUGACUAGUGUUGUAGUUAGUAUUUUAUUUAUUAUAUACAUAUUUUAUUGUAGUUACUUUAGUUAAGCUUUAGUAAUAAAGAAGAUAUUUCCUUCUAUUUAAGAAUAUUAGGAAUAUAUUUAAAAGUGCAAAUAGUUGCUUUAAAAAAAUAACAAAAUGAUUGAUUAGUCAAAGUGA